AUGUCACUUGCUCAAGUCGCCCACAUCGAUGCAUUUGCCCUCAAUAUGGCACACGGCGAGUCAACAAAUGAGAAGUCGGUUGCAAAUGCUUUCCAUGUAGCCGAGAGACAUGGAUUCAAAUUGUUCUUCUCUCUUGACUAUGCCGGUAAUGGCGCUUGGCCGAAGGCCGAAGUCAUCAGCCUGCUGCAGAAAUAUUCGUCCAGUUCCGCUCAUUUCCAACAUAAUGGCCUGCCCUUCAUUUCCACCUUUGAAGGGUCUGCAAAUGCAGAUGACUGGGUUUUUAUUAAGUCAGAAACUGGCUGCUUCUUUGUUCCGGACUGGUCAUCUGUUGGAGCUAAGCCCGCACUUGAACUCGCUGGAGGCGUUGCUGACGGCCUUUUCUCAUGGGCAGCUUGGCCAUUGGGCAUCCAACGAAUGAACACGUAUAUUGAUGCAUCCUAUCUCCAGUAUCUCGGAGCAGCUGGCGGAAAGCCAUAUAUGAUGCCUGUCUCCCCGUGGUUCUAUACCAAUAUGCCCGGAUACGACAAGAAUUGGGCUUGGCAUUCUGAUGAUUUAUGGUACGAUCGAUGGAUGGAAGUCGACUAUAUUCAACCUGAAUGGGUUGAGAUUAUCUCAUGGAACGACUACGGAGAAUCCCAUUACAUUGGACCCCUGAAUGACAAAGCUUACGUCGCUUUCAUGACGGGCAAGGCACCAUAUAACUACGUGCGCGGUAUGCCGCACGAUGGUUGGAGACUUCAUCUCCCCUACAUGAUUGAUCAGUAUAAAAUUGGGAAAGCCGCCGUGACAAAAGAGAGCCUUGUGGUCUGGUAUCGGAAGCAAUCCAGACUUGCUUGUGACGGUGGAGGCACCACUGGAAACACAGCCAGCCAGCUACAGAUCGAAUACCACGCCUCUGCAGUAUUUCAGGACAAGGUCUUCUUUUCCGCCCUGUUAGGCUCCAACGCCACAGUCGAAUUGACUAUUGAUGGCCUGAAAUUCGAUGCUUCAUGGGAAUCGGAGCCAGAUGGCGGGGUUGGUAUCUACCAUGGCAGUUCUGACUUCAACUUACACCUGUUUGGAGAUGUCACUGUGGCAGUUGUGCGGCAGCUUGUGGUAGCCAAAGUUGAAGGCACACCCAUCACUACUACCUGCGAUAACGGUCUCGCUAAUUUCAAUGCGUGGGUGGGAAGCGCGACUGCUGGGAGUUCGAUUUCAGCAGUUUCUCCAAAGUUAUCACUGUCCGAUCAAGUCUGCAUUGCUGGGUCAGGGGCUACCAACUUUGCUGGACUCUGCGGAUUUACCUGCAAAUAUGGAUACUGCCCGGUUAGUGCCUGCUACUGCACUGCUAUGGGGAAGCAGAAGAAGCUUCCAAAAGCCACAGGAGAUAAAGGGUAUCCUGCAAACGAUGAUGCUAAUUAUGCCGGUUUAUGUGAUUUCUCGUGCAACUAUGGGUACUGCCCCAAGACGGCGUGUUCUACAACCGAGAGACCAACAUACAUCCCCACCAGCUCUCCUUGCACACCGCCAGCCUGUACCAGGGGCGAGGGGAGGGCAACCUAG